AUGUUGAGCACGUGGAAUGCCGAGAACAUCAACCAAGUCGGUCCGUCCCAGCGUGGGCUCGGCGGAGGCAAGAGCUUCAAGCCUCUAGGCGAUGCAGGGUCGUCAGAGAACCCCCCCUCAGCUUCCGGGAAGGGCAUUCUUCAGCGCAAGCUCAAACCCCUGGGCAGCUACUCCGAAAACGCGCCGCCUUCGGCCGCGAAAGGAAAAGCGGCCGGCGGUGGCCGUGGGCUCGGAGGCCUUCCCCCGAACUCUUCCGCCAAGAAGCAGCCUCGACGGGCGCUGGGCGACAUCUCAAACGCGGGCAACGGCCCUCCGCCAGCGGCGACCAACAACGCCCCCUCCAAGCUCUCGGGAAAGCAGCAGCUCCUCACCCCAGGGUUAAAGUUUACCGUACACAGCGAUUCGAACAAGGCGGCGGGCGGGGCGGUAAGGCCGCGAGGCGCUGGUUCAAGGGUCGUAGCGAGCGGGAGCGGAAAGAACGUGGUAGGGUCGAAUGGGCGCGUGGAUGACAUCGAGCUGCCUCUUGGUAGGACCGGAGACGAGGAGGAGGUUCUCGUGGAGAGACGGGCGGAGGAGAGAGCGGCUGAGAAGUUCGCCAGGCCUCACAGGUCAUCCGCCGUCCGUUCAAGCCGAUCGCGAUCACAGUCAACCUCGUCAUCGUUCCCAAAGGCGUCUUCUUCUUCCCAUUCUCGCUCAAAGGGCCGUUUCGGAAGGGAUAUCACUAACACUGCCGCGGCUGGUGCCAAUACUGUUGCCGCUGCUUCCGGUGUGCUCGAGAAAAGCUUCGACAGCGCUAUCAAGGGCAUCGUGCGCGCCGACUUUGAAGAGCGCGAGAAGGAGAUCUCCGGGGAUGACAAGAACAAGAACAAGGAGAGGGCAGAGGCAAGCCGUGCCGUUCUGGAGGACGAUUCAGCCCUCGACCUGGAUAUGGAGGCUGUGACCAUGGCACUGGAGGCGCUGGAGUCGACGCCUCUCGAUCUCGUGGACGACGGUUUCCUCACACGCGACCUGGACGACCUGAGCUUCGCAUAGCAUACCUUAGCUUAGCUUGGCUUAGCGUAGCUUGGCCGUGGGUAUUCCCAUCCGUCGCAAGACCCGUGUGGUGCAAAAUCGUGGUGGGUGUUUGGAUUGUGUAGAAUAGCGGUGUUUCCCACGCUGGACAACGAUCCCGGGGUUAUUCUCGGGAAUUUGGAUUCGCGGCGCGUGGCUGCUUCCCGAAUGAAAGUUGGCCUUGCCGUUGCCUGGGUUCAAACCGUCACGUGCUGAUCGAUGGUACAAUGGGAUAUCGAAGAAUUUUCUUUGGCCGGGGGCAAGCCAUGGAGGUUAAGUUGGUGUUGCAUGUUGUGUGCCUGGUAUGAAAUUGCGUGUUGUUUUUUGCGUUUUUUUUGUUUCGCAGAGGGGGUGUAGAUACGGACGUAUUGUUUCCGGCGUUCGUUAUUAUUUGUACCUCUGUCGUUAAAUUGU